AAAGCCAAAUAAAUGUAAACUAUUGGAGAAGAAUGGUGUACCAUCACCAUCAGGUGUACGUCGUGAUUUGCACUGAUGACACUUGCAGUCGUACAUUACACCUCGCGCUCCGAUGUCGCUGUCAUUCCCAACCCCCUUGAGCGGUCACACUGGCUGUGACUCAGGACUCAGAACCUAGUGGGAUCGACAGCAUUUGGGUCAUCAUUGAGAAAUCCUGUCUAUUCAGCUGAGUUGACUCGGAUGUUGUCUAGAUAGGCAGCUCACGGAUUUUGGAAACACAUCCACUAAAUUUACCGCCGCGACAUCUGCCUCGCGGAGCUCCGUGCAAACCGUCUGACAUCGCAGGCUUAUUCGCUCGGAAAGACAGCAAUCAGCCAUUUUAGCCCUGCGAGUUCCCUGUUUCCGCGCGGAAUUCUAGCAUGUGCCACAUGUGACGAUUGUAGGAAUGUGGAGUAUGGGAUCACAACAGCCCAUCAUCACCUACAGCUUGGAAUCACCUUGGGAGAUGACAGAUGGAUGCAUAGGGAGGAUUGGAGCCUACCAGCCAACAUCAUAAAUUCACCAUGGACCAGGGCUUCAGUUUCAGCACACUGAAGAAGCUAGCGGCCGAGCCGGACCACACUGACAUCACUCUGCCAGCGGUCGAGCGCGUCCGGGCCCUUAGCAAAAUGGGCUACAAUAUCGAGAUAAAUGAAGACAUCGCCCCACGGCGCUACUUCCGCUCUGGCGUGGAGAUGGAGCGAAUGGCAGCCAUUUAUCUAGAGGAGGGCAGUCUGGAGAAUGCUUUUGUCCUCUACAACAAAUUCAUCACUUUAUUUGUGGAGAAACUCCCAUGUCACAGGGAGUAUCAGCAGUGCAAUGUCCCUGAGAAGCAAGUGAUAAUGAAGAAAUUACAGGAAGUAGCUUUUCCGCGAAAGGAUCAGUUGAAGAGACUUCUCCAUGAGAAAUACAGCAAGGAACACAGUGAUUAUCUGAAGAGUCAGAGCCAAGCCAUGUCUGUUGAGAUGUGUGGUGAACGACUGCAGAAGAUGUCUCUAUUGGAGGAGGAAAGGCUGCGUGUGGCGCAGCUCAGGAAGAUGCAGAUCGAGUCCGAGCAGUUCCGCUACUUUGAGGACCAACUGCGUAGACAGGAGCUGGCCAGUCGCAGGGAAGAAGCUGUCCCCAAAGUGCCUGAACAAACCGACGGGUCCUGCUUGUCCCAGACCCCAAAGAACCAUGUACGCCUUGACCCCAAUCGUAAUAAAUCAGUGGUCCCUGUACCUAAACCAGCAGCCACUUUAGCAGCUGUACAAAAUCAGCGUGUGGAAGGCUUGAGGCGGGUUUUAAUCCCACGAGACCUGACUUACAGGUUCCUGCUGCUGGCUGACAGUAACACAGCCAGAGGAAUUGAGACGUGUGGAGUUCUCUGUGGAAAGCUGGCGCACAACGAGUUUGUGCUCACCCACGUGAUCAUUCCCAAGCAAUCCGCCGGCCCUGAUUACUGUGACAUGGAGAAUGUGGAAGAGCUGUUCAGUUACCAGGACCAUCAUAAUCUUCUGACCUUGGGCUGGAUCCAUACGCACCCAACACAGACGGCCUUCCUCUCCAGCGUGGAUCUUCACACACACAGCUCUUACCAACUCAUGCUUCCAGAGGCCAUCGCUAUUGUUUGUUCACCUAAACAUAAUGACACAGGAGUGUUUCGACUCACCAGUGCUGGAAUGGGAGAAGUGGCUGGUUGCAGAUUGAAAGGUUUUCACCCUCACUCUAAAGACCCUCCUCUGUUCACUAUUUGCAAGCACAUCGUGGUGAAGGACACAAAAACGACAGUGCUGGACCUCAGGUAACAGAGGAAGAGGAGAGAUACUGCAGUGUCAAAGAACCAUUGAGAAUAUCUAUUUAUAUCUUUGUUUACUUGAAGGCUUUUUUAAUUUAUUUAUUUUACAAAAAGGUUCUGUGAAAUGGAAUCCCUCCGCUGAACAGUUUGCUGUGAGCAGGUUUAGUGAAGCUGUUGAGAUGCUCCAAUGGAAUUUUGUGCUUUCUAUGUCAUAAUAAUCUUUGUGUUUGUGGCCAGGUGGUUUUCAGAUUUUUCUGUCAGAUUGUGUCUAAUGAUCUGACUGUUUUUUUGGGUUCCGUGUCCUCAAGGUGGCAUCAUUUAGCAAGGAAUGCGAGGCUGCUACAAUGUGACUUGUUUUCAGGACUUUUUAAGAGGAAGUUGUGUGUGUGUGUGUGUGUGUGUGAUUUGCCUUUGAUAUCGGUUAAUGUCACUUGCAGUUCACACUGUAACAUGAUAAACACUAAAAAGGUGAGGAAUUUCUUUUUAUAUCUAACUGCAUUUUUUUAGUUUUGUGUAUGCUGCCAGUAAAACAAAACUUAGUGAGAAAUUUCUAGGCCUUACUACUUUAAAUUAUAGACAUACAUGAGGAGAUUUGUAUUGGUUGAAAGCAUUUAAUGGUUGAUGUUUAUACUGAGCUACAUCAACCUUUAAAGUGGUGCAACACAUAGAACUCAGAAUCUGGCUUUCAAUGAAAAUUCAAACUAUUUCCGGCUUAAAAGAUUUCUGUUGUUUCAAGCAAUAUAUUUGUGAUGGCCAUUGGACUGACUUUCUCAGUGUCACUUAAAAAGUACAAACAAGUAGAAAAAUGUUCCCCAGUAAAGGGGAUCUCUUAGCCCAAAACCAAAGCUCCCACAGCAGAAUAAGCAAAGAAACCAUGAGGCAUUACCAGAGGGGCUUUUGCCAUCAGGGCCUUGACUGAACUAAUCUCAGGGUACCAUUCCCUCAUUAUUACAACUAGACAUGGUUUAUUGUCUCCACUACUUUUUUGGUUUGAGAAGAAAGUUGAAGUUCAUUUUUCUCACCAGCAGAAGAUAAAAGGAGAUGAAAUCUGAGCUACAGUGGUCCCAGAAAACAUUUGGACACUUAAAAAUGCAUGGAUGUUUUUGCAUUAUAUAACCAAAUAUCAAACCAUUGGAAUUUAUUUGAAAGAUGUAUAGGAGAAACAUGCUUUUCAAGCCAAACAUUUCAGCAAAACAAAGACAUUUGUUGGGCUUCGAAUUAUAAAGCAAUAGAUACAUUGUUCAAAGUUAUGGGGGAAAAAAGUAUUAGAGAAUGGUCUGGUUGUCCAAUUUUGUAGAACAUGUCAAAAGUUAAUUUGAUGAACUAUACCAUUGAAAAAAAGUCUAACAUUAUUUGCAGAUGCCACUUGGGUAUAUACAAUAUAUUGUGUUCAGCAGGGACUAAAAACGAAACGUUUUUCUUUUCUGAUCGUUCUGAGUAGAAACAGUAUUUUUCCAUUCCGGUUCCGAUAUUCCGCAGCCUCCUUUCCAACUGGUAACCAGUUAGUUAAAAUGACAGUACUCUGUGCUAAGGGUGGGUGAUAUACCAGUUGCAGUGUUUCCAGAUCUCACAAGAGAAACAAGGCAACUUUUUUGGAAAAACGAGCUCAAAAUAAAGGAUUCCCUUACCUACAAUAAGCAAAAAUGAGCGAUUUAAAUGUUUUCCCAUGUGGGGGAAUUUUCACAAUAGAAAUCAUAAACAUAAUAUAUAGUAGCCUAUAUGAAGUAACAUCUUUUCAAUAAAUUUGUUCAUUAUAUUAAAUAUUUUCCUAAAAAUAUUUCAAACAUUUCAAAUAUUCAUUUGGCCACCUAAAAUCAGUUAAUGGCCUAAAUCUUUUUGUACUAAGAUUCACCUUCUGUGAAUAAUUGUAUUUUUUUUUUUUUUUUACAUUGUUUUUUAAACUAGCAGUGCCCUUCAGAAUCAAAGCACAUGCUUCUAAUAAAAAUAGAGAAGCCUUAUUUUUUUGGGCAACAGGAAGUGAUAGAAUUCAGAAAAUUUACUGUGUCAUGAAAAAUGUACAUAUUUAUCAUUUACAAGUAACAAAAUUAACCGGUUACUAACUGGAUACCAGCAUUAAAAAUAACGUUUUCACUCAGAAACAACUGAAUGGGAUUUUGUUCCCGUUUUCGGUUACAUUCUGCCCCAAAAAUGUGUUUUUUGUUUUCGUUCCUUGAACCGUUUUUAGUCCCUGGUGUUCAGACAUUUAUAAGUGCGACUUGAGUGUCCAAAUACAUUUUGGGUCCACUGUAUGAGCUCGUCCGUGCAGUUUAGUGUGUGUUUAAUAUACCAUGCGUUUCUUGUACAAUGUGGCAUUGGAAUGUUUCAUCACCAGUGUGUGUGGCUUUGUGCCAGUGGUCCCACUGAAAAGUGCUGUGCUGCUGUGGCUCUUUGUGCACUGUGUACAAAGAGGCUUAUAUGACUGUACAAGCACCAUUCCUUCCCUCAUCCCAUUUGGUAAUAAAAGCAAAAAAGACCUCUGCUAUGAAACAG